AUGGAGCGUCAGUCAACCAUCCAACAAGGAGUGUUGAAAAAAAAAAAAAGAGAGGCGUACACAGUGGCAGCUGUUCGUCGUCAACUGGUAAGGCAGAAGACUGGAAGGCGGAAGCUGUACGGUAUCGCUGGGGGGGUCCUGUGAGAAGCUCUGAACCUGUCAGCCAAAUGGCGGCAGGAAGAGUUCAAGGAAGGCCACUGACCUUGGCAGGAGGUGGCAGAGGUACACAGCGAUACUGGUACGGCAACGGCAAGCAGUGGGAACUGAAAGGUGCGGCAGGAGCGGGCUUGGUAAACUCUUGCGCAAGUGCGGCUUACAGACCAAGGCUCGAGGCAGGCGUGCGGGGCGCGGCUUAUUGCAAGAGGGGCAGGCGUGCGGGCACGGCUUACUGCAAGGAGGGUAG